AUUUUUUUCUACUUCCGCUUCACUCACACAAGAGUGUCGACCAUACGAGCAUUAUCACCUUCUGCGCUUCAACCUUCACAAUUUGAAACUUUAAUCUUAAUCGUUCAGGUCGUAUUUAAGUUUUAUCUAUCACUUUCUUUCGUGUAGUUACUGUUUAUAAGCGAAUAUGACUCUUAGUUUGGGAAUUAGGCGGACGGCUGCGGUGAGUUUCUUCGCUCAGGGCGCGCACACGCUCGUGCCCGGGCCCGCACUGAAAACGCGAACAGAGGACGAGCUGGACGGGUGCGCGGACGAAAUGGAUGCCGCUCUAAAGCCGUUAAGACCCGGAACAAACGGGCUGAAAGGACUACAGCUAGACGGGCGCUUCGUGUCGGCGGCGGACGGCUCUCUACCGACCACUCCGGACGCGCAGGAGCUCGGUUCCGCCGAACUGGACCGUGAUACUCGACAACUUUUGUUGGAUUUCUAUCGCACACACACAGGAAUGUGUUCGCCAGAGCAGAAACAUAACCACGCGUUACCGACAAUGAGGCGAGUCGUUGGAGAUAUUCUCGAAAAGCACCAGAUCACAUACAAAGGAAUGUUGCAGCGUAUGCAUCUGGACUCUCAGCCGGACACGAUGGACUUCAUCAGCUGCAUAGCAAAGACCAUGUUCAAAGACGGCAGCACUAACUGGGGCAGAAUCACGAGUCUGGUGGCGUUCGGAGCCGUGGUUUGCUCGCAGCUGAAGGAGGCGCAGCGGGAGCGGUGCAUCGAGACGGUGGCGGAGCAGAUCUCCUCCUAUCUGAUCUCAGAGCAGCACAACUGGCUCCUGCGCAACAAUGGCUGGCAAGGGUUCGUGGAGUUCUUCCGGGUGGAGGAUGUGGAGUCUGUCGUUCGUAACACUCUCAUGGCGGUUGUGGGAUGUGCGGGGAUCGGAGCCGGUCUGGCCUUCCUGAUGCGAUGAAACCAGAUUGGUCACACAGGCAAUAGUUGACCCGUCCCGGCGGACGCUCGCGCGUUAGUGUCCACUAGAGUGAGACUCCUACUGGACUUGGCUUUGAGCCCGGACACGUGCCCCCGCCACACGAUUGUGCUCUUCGUAAGAUCGAAAUUAGCAUGAAUCUAGCUUUUCAGAUUUAUUUUUAUAAUAAAACAGACUGGGAAGAA